AGAGAGGAGCCGGGUGUGGGGAGGUUUGUUAGAACAGACGCCAGAGACCCACUUUCUAAGAGAAAGAAAGACCAUCUGCAAAUAAGAUGCUGCUGUUGCAACUGGUGUUGCUCACGGUUCUUGUCCCAGGUGGUGACAGUGAUGAUGACUUCCAAGACCCAAAAUCUUUUCGAGCCAUCCUGACAACAUCUUUUUACAACCGUUCACGGACACAGAAUCAGGGCUCAGCUUGGCUGGGUGAGCUGCAGACCCACGGCUGGGACAGCAAGACUGGAGCUUUCAUUUACCUGCGGCCUUGGUCCAGGGGCAACUUCAGCAAUGAGCAGCUAAUGGAACAAGAAAAGUCAUUUUAUAUAUUCUCCACUAGAUUUCCUCUGAUAUUUCAGGACCAUGUCAGUCAAUGGCAGCUUGAAUAUCCCUUUCGGAUACAAUUGGUAGGAGGUUGUGGUUCUCAUUUUGGAAAAGCACCAGUAGGCUUCAUGAAGAUUGCAUACCAAGGAUCAGACCUCAUGAGCUUCCAGAACAUGUCAUGGUGGCCAUCUCCCAAAGGAGGAAGGAGGGCUCAGCAGGUCUGCACACUAUUCAAUCAGUACCAUGUGGUCAACUUAAGGAUACAAGUAAAUAUUAAUAACAUCUGCCCCCGUUUCCUCUUGGGUCUUCUUGAUGCAGGGAAGGCAGAUCUGCAGCGACAAGUGAGGCCAGAGGCCUGGCUGUCCCGUGGCCCCAGCCCUGGUCCUGGCCAUCUGCUGCUGGUGUGCCAUGUGUCUGGUUUCUACCCAAAGCCAGUGUGGGUGAUGUGGAUGCGGGGCGAGCAGGAGCAACAGGGCAUCCAACAAGAUGACAUUGUGCCCCAUGCUGACGGGACGUGGUAUCUUCAGAUCUCCUUGAAUGUGGCAACUAAGGAGGUGGCUGGCCUGUCUUGCCGAGUGAGACACAGCAGUCUAGGAGGCCAGGACAUGGUCCUCUACUGGGGAGGAUGGGAAGUGACACCCUCUGUGCACCAAUCCCACAGAGCAGCACCGCCCCGUGGGCUGGGUCUUCCUGGUGGUGAUGGCAUCCCUGGUGCUUCUGGCAGGUCUUGUGUUCUGGCUCUGGAAGCGCUGGAAAACACACUGGAGACAUCAGUUCACGGGCUUCCCUUUGGAGCAAAUUCCCAGCAGCCCAGAGGCCAGGACAUACUUAAUCUCAGGUCAAUGGUGAUGGACUUGCACAUUGCUGUGUGCAACUUUUGUCUUCUUUCUACUCAAUGAUCAUUUGUCAAUAUGGGUUAAGUGUAAUUUAACAGGAUUUGUUGUUCUGACCUGAUUCUGGUACUUAAAUCUCUAAUUUAUCUUAUAGUAAAAUGAAGUCCAAGCACCUCCAUGGGUCACAUGAAUUUUGUGUCAGUUCCUCCAGUAAGCCCUCUCUGAUCUAUAAGAGGAGGAAGUCUCUGCCUGGUGUGAAUUUCCACCACUGUAAUCCACCACUGUGGAUAAUCUAUGCCUCAUUUUCAUUCUUUUUUUUUGCUCCACAUUUAAGUCCCCUUUCCCUUCUAAUGCCCAGGUCUCUUGAGUGCAAAGUCCAUGUCUUUCUAAUAUUUGUAUCCUUGGCAAGGCAUCUCAGCUGCAUGGACUAUGUCCUCAAUAAAAAUGUGUGUUGAGUUUA